AUGAAAGGAUUUACUGCAUUUAUUAUAAAUAGUUUAAAUGGUUUUGGAUUGAAUAUUGUACGUAAAUUUGCUAAACUAGGUUGUGAUAUUGUUUUGAAUGGAAAUCAUAUUGAUGAAAAUAUAACACAAACUAUUCAAAAUGAAAUCGAUAUACCUAAAUUAGUUGAACAAAUAUUAAAUUAUUUUCAGUAUAAUAAUAUUCUUAUUAUUGAUAUUGAAUGUAAACGACAUUGUAGAGCUUCUAUUGAUGAAUUUCCAACGCAAAAGUGA